UUUCACCUACAACCCAGAACUGUGACAGAAAAAAAAUGGCUGCCUCCUUAACAAGCAUCGCGAAGGUUCUGUGCCGUCUUUCGCCUUCAAUUUUACAACCAUUACGGCAGUAUCAGUCCUGUCUGCAGAGGCUUCCUGUCAGAUCAUACGGAGCCCUCUCUCCAUGUGCACCCCCCAGUCACUUUUACUGCCAGGCAGCAUCUCUCCAGAAUGAUGCUGCUGCUCAGGUUGAGACCCUGCACCGCUACAAGGACAGACCCUGGGACUAUCUGGAGAGUGAAGAGUACAUUGAGAGGUAUGGAACCAAUCCAGUGUGGGCCGACUACAGGAGGAACCACAAAGGGGGAAUCCCACCACAGAAGACACGCAAGACCUGCAUUAGAGGAGACAAGGUAUCUGGAAACCCGUGUCCAGUGUGUCGGGAUUCAAACAUCGUGGUCCACCAUCAGAAUGUGAAGCUGCUGCAGCAGUUCAUCAGUCCCCAGACGGGGAUGCUGUACGAUGCCACUCGCACUGGUGUGUGUAUGAAACAGCAGAAGAAGCUAAAUCAGGCAAUCGGCACGGCGAGAGAUCACGGCCUACUGCCCUUUCAGAUUCCAUAUGUGGAGUUUUCAGGAGAGGACUACUCCAACUCCCAUGAUGCCGUGGGGUGCACACCACCUCCCCCGUCCCUAACCUCUGGAGACACCUGGUAUAAAUGGUACAGUGAAAUAACACCUGAUGAGCAGGAAGUGGCCAAAGUGAAGAAGACCUACAAGGCUUAUUUGAAGUGACUGUUGAGUGGAUGUUCGUCUGUUGGACCAUGUACACCAAAAUAAAAAUUGCACAAUGAAAAAUGUU